AUGGACCCGGCCCGGCCUUUCUGCCAGCCCAGAGCCCGGCCCGGGCCCGGCCCUGCCUUCCCCGCGGUGCGGGGUGUCCGCGGGCUUGCCGCUUUCUUCCCCCGGUUACCUUCACCCCGCCCAGCCCAGCCCCCAGCAGCGUUGUCGCCGUUCCCCGCGUUGUUCCGCGGGUUGGGCCUGGAGGAGCGGCCUGUGGAGAGGCCCCUGGGCCGGGGCGGUGCUGGCGAUGGGAAGGCUCCGGUUCCUGCCCCGGUUCCCGGUCCGGUUCCUGCCUCGGUUCCUGGCCCGGUUCCUGACCCGGUUCCUGCCUCAGUUCCUGCCCCGGUUCCCGGCCCGGUGCAGCAGAAGCAGCAGCAGGAGGAUGAGGAGAAGGGGCCAGCGCUGGUGGCGCUCCCCACCCGCGGGCAGAUCCUGUGGAAAAGCAAAGGGGACGCGCUGCCCACCCAGCCUGGAAGAGGCGCCGUGCCCGCCCCGUGCCCACCCAGCCCCCAGCCCUGCCUGACCCCCGUGCCCACCCCCCCAGCUGCUGCCAAGCCGCUGCAGGGGACGAAGCCGGCGGUGAAAGGAGCCACCGUCCCCGUGGGGCUGAACUUUGUCAAGAUUCACUGCAAGAACGAAGCUGUCUACCAGUACCACGUGAGCUUCAGCCCCGAGGUGGAGUGCAGGAGUGCUCGCUUUGCCAUGCUGAAGGAGCAGCGUGCCGUGACCGGCGACGUGAUGGCCUUUGAUGGCUCCGUCCUCUUCCUGCCCAUCCAGAUCCCCAAGGUCAGCCUGAAGGCUCAGAGGAAGUGCAGCGGGGAGGAGAUUACCAUCAACAUCCAGAUGACCAAAACCCUGGAGCCCAGCUCGGAUCUCUGCAUCCCCUUCUACAACGUGGUUUUCCACAGGGUGAUGAAAAUCUUAAACAUGAGCCUGGUUGGGAGACAUUUCUUUGAACCUGCCCAGGCCACCACUCUGCAGAAGUACAGCCUCCAUAUCUGGCCAGGAUACGCUGUCAGCAUCACCAGGAAGGACAGAGGGCUCUUCCUCAUGGUGGAUGCCAUCCACAAGAUCAUCCGCAGCGAGUCCAUCCUCACCGUGAUGCAAAACAUCCACUCCCAGAACCAGAGGACGUUCCAGGAGGAGUGCACCAAGCAGCUGGUGGGGAACGUGGUGAUGACGCGCUACAACAACCGCACCUACCGCGUGGACGACAUCGACUGGGACAAGACCCCCAAGGACACCUUCACCCUGGCCAACGGGCAGCAGAUCACCUUUGUGGAGUACUACAGCAAGACCUACGGGAUCACCAUCAGGGAGCUGGAUCAGCCACUGCUCGUCCACAAGCCCAAGGAGAGGCAGAUGCUGAAGGGGAGGCAGCAGCUGGAGAUGGUUCUGCUCGUGCCAGAGCUCACCUUCCUCACCGGCCUCUCCGACCUCCGCAAGAACAACCGCAUGCUGAAGGAGGUGAUGUGGGAGAUGAUCCAGAGCCCCCAGCAGCACUACCAGCGCCUCACCAGCCUCCUGUGCCGCAUCCGCGACACCCCGGAGGCUUCCCAGGAGCUGGAGGGCUGGGGGCUGCGCCUGGACACCGAUAUCUUCAAGACCCAGGGUCACAUCCUGCCCGUGGAGCGCAUCAACCUGCGGCACCGCUCCUUCCUGCCCGCCGAGGACCUGAGCUGGCACCGGGAGGUGACCAAGGAAGCGCCCAUCGCCGUGAUCUCCAUCAAUUCCUGGCUCCUGCUGUACCCCAAACGGCUGCAGAACCUGGCCAAGGAGCUGGUGGCCAGCAUGAGGAGCAGCUCUGGGGCCAUGGGCAUGCAGGUGGGGCCCCCCUCAGUGCAGGAGCUGCGGGAUGAGCGCAUCGAGAGCUACGUCAGGAGCAUCCAGAGCUGCCUGGGCAGCCAGGACAAGGUGCAGCUGCUCCUGUGCAUCAUCCCCAGCAGCAGGGACGACAUCUACGGUGCCAUCAAAAAACUCUGCUGUGUGCAGAGCCCUGUGCCCUCCCAGGUCAUCAAUGCCCAAUCCCUCACGGGCCACCCCGGCAAGAUCAGGAGCGUGGUGCAGAAAGUUCUGCUGCAGAUCAACUGCAAGCUGGGAGGGCAGCUCUGGGGGGUGGAUAUCCCUCUGAGGCAGCUGAUGGUUGUGGGCAUGGACAUCCACCACAGCAGGAGCCAGGGCAUGCGCUCUGUCAUCGGCUUCGUGGCCAGCAUGAACCACAUCCUGACCAAGUGGUACUCCAGGGUGGUUUUCCAGAUGCCCCACCAGGAAAUCGCCGACAGCCUCCGCCUCUGCCUCUCCCAGGCCCUCAAACGCUUCUACGAGCUGAACCACUCCCUGCCCAUGAAGAUUGUGGUGUACAGGGACGGGGUGUCCGACCCCCAGCUGGACACUGUGCUCAAAUAUGAGGUGCCCCAGCUGCAGAAGAGUUUCCACACCUUCCAAAAUUACCAGCCCAGCCUGGUGGUGGUGGUGGUGCAGAAACAGCUGAGCACCAACUUCUACUGCCUGACAGGAGAGGAUUUGGUGUCCCCUCCCCUGGGCACUGUCAUCGACCACGGCGUCACCAGCUCGGGGUGGCAGGAUUUCUUCCUGCUGGCCCAUCACUCCCGGCAGGGCUGCAGCGUCCCCACGCGCUACAUCUGCAUGUGGAACACGGCCAACCUGAGCCCCGAGCACCUGCAGAGGCUGACGUUCAAGCUGUGUCACCUGUACUGGAACUGGCCGGGCACCAUCCGCGUCCCUGCGCCCUGCAAGUACGCGCACAAGCUGGCGCUGCUGGUGGGCCAGGUGCUGCACCACGAGCCCAGCGCCCUCUUCAGCGAGCAGCUCUUCUUCCUGUGACCUGCCAGGACCUGGAGAGCCGGGAUUGAACCCAAAAACCGGGAUUAAACCGGGAUUAAACCGCGGUUAAACCCGGAAUCCCGCUGCUGUUUGCGCCCCCACCCAGGGGCAUCUCCCUCAAUUCCUGUUCUGCUGUUAAAUUAUUUUAUUAUUUCCUCAUUGUUCAGAGGAUGCUGGGGAUUGCAGCAUGCUGGAGAGCUGGGAUUGCACCCAAAAACUGGGAUUAAACCGCGAUUAAACCCAGAUUAAACCGGGAUUGAACCGCAAUUAAACCCAGAAUCCCGCUCCUGUUUUCCCCCUUUCCCAGGUACAUCUCCCUCAAUUCCUGUUCUGCUGUUAAUUUAUUUUACUCUUUCUUCAUUGUUCAGAGGAUGCUGGGGAUUGCAGCAUCCCUGGAGAGCCAGGAUUGAACCGGGAUUGCACCCAAAAACCGGGAUAAAACCGGGAUUAAACCGCGAUUAAUUCGCGAUUAAACCGCAAAUCCCGCUCCCGUUUUCCCCCUUUCCCAGGUGCAUCUCCCUCAAUUCCUGUUCUGCUGUUAAUUUAUUUUAUUCUUUCCUCGUUGUUUAGAGGAUGCUGGAGAUUGCAGCAUCCCAGAGCUGUGGGAUUUAUUUUUUUUUUGGGAAUUAUCUCCAUGGGGAUGACACCAAAGGAAUUUCCUGCUGUUUUCCACCUUCCCAGUAAAGGGUUGAGUUCCUGAGCCCCAAAAACUCUGCUGCUCCCACAGCUCAUCCCUGUGCAGGUGUUGAUUUAAUCCCAAAGAUUUUGGUGUUUUUUCCCCUCCAGUUUCUUACAUUUCCAUAGCUUGAUGAAGUUUUUAUUUUUUUUUUUUCCCUGGGUUUUUUCAACCAGCUGCAGUUUGGCUGGUUCUCCUGUCCUUGAGGAGUCACUGAUUUUCCAAGGAGAAUUCUUUGUGGAUUCAGCUCGUUACCCCAGGGAGAGCUUUGAAUUUUCACCUAUUUUAGGUACCUUUUUUUUUUUUUUU